CGCAAACAAGACUCGGGCAAACUUAGUUUAUCUUUAUUAAAUUACUAACGAUGCUUCAUAAGUUUAGCCAUAUUUUACUUCUACCCUAGAUACCAUUGCCUCCGCUUGCUCGUUCCUGGCUUCUUGUUCUUCAUAUCUGCUACGCAUAACUCUCGAAUUACAAAUUUGUUCAAAUGAAAUUAUGUGAAAAUUGUCUAGAACUAUUAUGUAUUUUUUUACUACAGCAUUUUUGAUUCCAAAUAUGUAAUAGCAUGUGUGUGUAAAUUUACGACAUAAUUAUAUAAAUAAUCAUGACCUGCAGCCAUUUUUGGUCGUUCGGGAAACUUAAUACAAAAACUUCAAAAAUGGUUUACGGAAAUACACUUUUUAAUAAUUAUUAUAAUCACAUGGCACCACUUCCACAACCACCGUCGUCGUCGAAAAAAGUGCCUAGAAAGCCAGUACCACAAGGUCCUUCGGGAAACGAAUCUCCAGAAGAAUACUUCGCAAAAUGUAGAACCAAACUCCUAAAUGGCCAUAUAAAGACAGUACGAACAGUAGCUUGGAAUUGCGACGGUCGAAAACUUGCAAGCGGUUCCGUUGAUAAAACAGUGAGAUUAUGGGAAGCGGAUCAAGAAGACAUAAAAUAUUCCAUCAAGUUACUCGGACACGAAGAAAGUGUAGAUCAACUUUGUUGGAGUCCUCAAUCACCGCACGAACUAGCGACAGCUUCGACUGAUAAGACAGUUAGAUUCUGGGAUACACGUGAUGUAAAGCGAUGUACACACGUCGUGAAGACUGACGGAGAGAAUAUAAAUAUCAGCUGGAGCUGGGACGGUUCAAUGGUUGCAGUUGGUGAUAAGGAUGAUAAAAUUUCAUUUAUCGAUCCGAGACAUAAACCUUCACCGGUUAUAGUUAAAACUUAUGCAGAAGGUGAUGAUAUAAGAGAUGAGAUUAAUGAAAUUAGUUGGAACCAUGAUUGUUCGUUGUUCUUUUUAACGACUGGUUCUGGAGCUAUUAAAAUAUUGAAAUGGCCUUCAUUACAGCCAGUCCAUGUGCUUAGAGGUCAUACUGCAAAUUGUUAUUGUAUUGAUUUUGAUCCAAAAAAACGAUAUGUAGCUGCUGGGGGAGCGGAUGCUCUGGUUACAUUGUGGGAUCUUGAAGAAUGUGUCUGUCUAAGGUCAUUUAAAGAAUUAGAAUUCCCAGUGCGAACGAUUAGUUUUACUCAUGAUGGAGUUUAUUUAGCAGCAGCUUCUGAAGAUGAGCAUAUUAUUGUCUCAAAUGUGGAGACUGGCAAAACUGUCUACAGAAUUAAGACUAUGGCUGCAACUAAUUCUGUGGCAUGGCAUCCAAAAGGUUAUCUAUUAGCAUUUGCUGGUGACGAAGAAGGGAUUCAGGAUCAAAAAAAUUAUAUCGGUUUAAAAGUAUUUGGUUUUAAUGAUUUAAAGGAAUGAAUAACAACAAAGAAGGAAUAUUCUUUUAAUUUAAUUUUAUUUUAGAUUUUUGUGCAAUUGUGUUUUUACAUUCACAAUUAAGGAAUUUAGUGAUCGUAGAUUUAACAUAAAGCAU